CUAUCAAAUGCUUAUCGUAGAGAAACCUCCAGGAAACCAACCACUUUUUCUGAUAGGUUGACGAGGAACUCCCUCCUGGAGGCCGGAGUUGACGAUGAGCCCCCCUCCUGCUCCCAACGGCGCGCCUGCCCAGGAGGACGACGGCCAGUGGACACGAGUCAAGCCAAAGAAAGGCACCUCCCGUCGUCGUCCAGCCGGCCCCGGUGCUCGUGACUUUGGGACACCACCAAACCCCUCCCCGCAGCUCGAUCUCCAGCAGAUCACUCGAGAUCACGACCGCAUCAGCGCCGCCUGGAGGGAAUCGCAGUGUCAUGCGAAGCUCAGGGACCUGGUCAAUUCCAAUGUGGCUUCCCACGUCACCGUGACCAAGGCCGUCUGCCUCGCCGUAGGUUCAUUCGACCCGAUUGCGACACUUUACCACCAGAAACGCGUUGCCCAUGUGCAGCUCGAGGCUUUCCGCGCGGUGGUUGAGAUGCUAGAGGCACACAACGGCUCUCCCAUCCAGCGUGUUAUCCAAGAACCGGCCUUCAGCGACACCGACAAGGAGUUCUGCGAGUCGCUCGGAUUUAAGACGGUGGACACCCCUCAAGCCUUCGAGAUGAUCGAUUCCCACACUCUCGUCUACGGCAUUCAUCUCUACAUGCCAACGUGGGCCGAGGCGCUUAGCAAGCAGCUUCCGGGCUGCCUGGUCGGCACCCCCUUCGGGGUCUGCGAGACGUACCACGACACCCACGGCGCCGGAUUCGAACUCGCCCAGCUCCAGACCAUAGACGCCUCGUUCGACAGGUUCCCCUUCCCGCAGCAGGACACGCCGGGCGAUUUUGUCUUUUCUGAUACGACAAUAUAUUGGGCCAAGGGUUGAACCUGAAAGCCCAGGAGUGUCCUAGGAAAUGGUGCCAGGGUUAUUCGCCGAACAUAUGGCUGUAGACAGCGGCGCGUCCCGCUCCCGCUCCCACGUGGAGCAGGAUCUUGGUCACCGCACACGCGCCCUCCGGGUGUCGGGAAGGCCGGUCUCGGCCAUGAAGUUGCUGAAGGGCUGACCAGCUUGGUGGUGUCGGACAAGCACCUGCCAUCCACCCAGUUUAACGAACCACGACG